UUACGUCCACCAUUACCUGGGUGUGGUGCGUCGUGCUGUGAGUCGGCAGAAAGAGAGAGGUGAUUUCGCGUUCCUCAGCCGGUAUUGCCAAAUACCGCGGUCUGCGUUCGGGAACGGUAACGAACGGACGAGUACGUUUAACUGAAGUGACGCCACAGUCAUAAAACGGCUCGAAAUGUCGUCCGACACCAAAAAACCCUUUAUCCGUCUACCAAGUAACGUAAGGCCUUAUCACUACGAGAUCGCAUUGGAGCCCAAUUUGUCUACUUUCGUUUUCGAAGGGACAGAGCGCAUCGAUAUCGACGUAAAAGAAUCAACCGAUACGAUUAUCUUAAAUUGUUUGGACAUCGAAAUACAAGUCGUAGUAUAUCUGGACAAAGAUGGUCACGAAGUUAAACCGGAUGAAAUUACCUUGUCGGAAGAUGACGAGACCGUAACAUUGGUGUUUGCAGAAAAACUCCCCGUAGGAAAAGUUGGCAGCCUUUGCUUUAAGUUUAAGGGCGAAAUCAACGAUAGAAUGAAGGGCCUUUACCGGAGCAAAUAUACAAGGCCCGACGGGAGCUCGGACUAUGGCGCGGUGACACAAUUCGAACCUACCGAUGCUAGACGCUGCUUUCCUUGCUGGGACGAACCGGCAUUGAAGGCUACGUUCGACAUUGUUUUGACCGUUCCAAAAAACCUAACCGCUCUGUCCAACAUGCCCGUCAAAAGUCAUGUGGAAGAGGGCACCACAAAAACCCUCGUAUUCGAGAGAACUCCGAUAAUGUCCACUUACCUGGUAGCCGUGGUGAUAGGAGAGUUCGACAGCGUCGAGGGCAAGACGUCGGAUGGAGUCCUCGUGCGAGUCUACACUCCGACGUCCAAGAAGGAGCAAGGAUCCUUCGCCCUGGAGGUGACCACGAAAGUGCUGCCCUUCUACAAGUCCUACUUUGGCAUAGCCUACCCUCUGCCGAAGAUCGACCUGGUGGCCAUUUCCGACUUCUCGUCCGGGGCGAUGGAGAACUGGGGCCUGGUCACAUUCCGAGAGACGUGCCUCCUGGUGGAUGAGCGGAACACGUCCGCGUCGCGGAAACAAUGGAUCGCCCUGGUCACGGCCCACGAGCUGGCCCACCAGUGGUUCGGUAACCUGGUCACGAUGCAGUGGUGGACUCACCUGUGGCUCAACGAGGGCUACGCGUCCUUCGUCGAGUUCCUGUGCGUGGCGCACCUGUUCCCGGAGUACGACAUUUGGACGCAGUUCGUCACCGAUACCUACAUCCGGGCCCUGGAGCUCGACGGCCUGAAGACCAGCCACCCGAUAGAGGUCCCCGUGGGCCACCCCUCGGAGAUCGACGAGAUCUUUGACGACAUCUCCUACAACAAGGGGGCCAGCGUGAUCCGCAUGCUGCACGCCUACGUCGGGGACGCGCAUUUCCGAAAGGGCAUGAACCUGUACCUGAACCGGCACAAGUACGAGAACGCCUACACCGAGGACCUGUGGACGGCCCUGGGCCAGGCCAGCAAGAAGCCCGUGCACGCGGUCAUGUCCACGUGGACGAAGCAGCAGGGCUUCCCGGUGGUCAGGGUCGAGCAGCAGCAGAGGGGCGCCGACCGGGUGCUCUCGCUGUCUCAGGAGAGAUUCGUGGCCGACGGCUCGGCCGACGACGAGAGGGGUCUCUGGAUGGUUCCGAUAAGCGUGAGCACGUCGGCGGAGCCCCGGGUCGCCCGGGUCACGACCAUGAUGAGCGAGCGGACCAUGAACGUCGUCCUGGAGGACGUGCCGGCCGACGCCUGGGUCAAGGUGAAUCCGGGCACCGUGGGCUUCUAUCGCACCAGAUACGACUCGGAGGCGCUCUCCCGGUUCCUGCCGGCCAUCGAGGACCGCAGUCUGCCGCCCCUCGACCGGUUGGGCCUCCUGGACGACCUCUUCGCCAUGGUGCAGGCCGGCCACGACUCCACGGUCGAGGUGCUGCGACUGACGGAGGCCUUCCGCGCCGAGGACGACUACACCGUGUGGUUGAGCGUGGUCAACUGCCUGAGCAAGAUCGGCGCGCUGAUCGAGCACCUGGAGUUCGAGGGGGCUUUCAAGGCGUUCGUCCGGUCCCUCCUCGCGGGGACGAGGGACCGCCUCGGCUGGGACGCCAAGCCCGGCGAGAGCCACCUGGACACGCUGCUGCGCUCGCUCGUCCUCGGGCGCAUGGCCGUGCUCGACGACGAGGAGACGGUCCGCGAGGCCAAGCGCCGAUUCGAGCUGCACCUCUCGGGCGAGGAGACGCUGUCGGCCGACCUGCGCAGCCCCGUCUACCGGGCCGUCCUCGCCUCGGGUGGCGCCGAGACCUUCGAGGCCGUGCUCGGCCUCUAUCGCAACACCGACCUCCACGAGGAGAAGGACCGGCUGAUGCGCGCCUUCGGCGCCAUCCGGGACGAGGCCCUGCUGGCCAAGGUCCUCGAGUUCGCCAUGAGCGAGGAGGUCCGCUCCCAGGACACGGUCUUCGUCAUCCUGUCGGUCGCCACGUCCUACCGGGGCAGGCACCUGGCCUGGCGAUUCCUCAAGGACAACUGGGAGGUCCUGAAGGACCGCUACAACCGGUGCGGCUUCCUCUUCUGCCGGUUGGUCAAGUCCACCACCGAGAACUUCGUCACCGAGGAGCAGGCCCGGGACGUCGAGGAGUUCUUCGCGGCCCAUCCGACCUCCGGCAUCGAGAGGAACGUCCGGCAGAGCCUCGAGAUCAUCCGGCUGAACAUCGCCUGGCUCGCGAGGGACACCGAGGACAUGAGGAAGUUCCUUCUGUCGCGGGACCAGUAGACGGCCCCGGGACGAUUCCUUCUUACUUUUCUACCGAGCGCCGAGACGUUCGUCCUCGUGUACCGCGAUUCUCGACAAAUAUACCGAUCUUUUCCUCGA